AUGGGCAUAGUGCUGGGUACAGCCAUGCGAAAAAAGUGCAUGGGGGAUGCUGGCAUUGAACCCUCCAAUAAAAAGCGUCAUCAACCAUCCCUCUACCCAGAAGACAAACACGAGGACUCCCAGAAAAGAGAGAAUAGCUCAGAAGACCGUGACUGUCUUCAUGAAGCAGCUGCAAAAGGAAACUUAAGCCAGGUGACCAGCAUGGUGAAUGAAAUAGAUAUUAACAAGAGGAACCAGGAUAAAAGAACACCACUCCACCUGGCCUGUGCUAGGGGACACACUGAUGUUGUUCAAUACCUCCUAAGAAAUGAAGCAGACGUUGAUGUGUUUGACAUAGACGGCCAAACUCCAUUAAUGAAGGCUGUCCAGUGCCAAAAUGAGGGCUGCAUUGUUACUCUUCUGAAGCACAAAGCUAAUCUGCAUCUUGCAGAUGUCAACGGGAAAACUGCCUUACAUUUUGCCACUUUGAUUUCCGAAAUCCAUCUGGUCAACCUUUUGAUAGAAAAUGGAGCGAACAUUAAUGCUGCUACAAAGAAAGGAGAAACACCUUUGAAUCUAGCAAUAAAGCGGGAUGAUGAGAAGAUAGCAGAAUUUUUGUUAAAAAAGGGAGCUGAUGUUAACUCUCAGGAUAAAGGAAAAAGAACUCCUUUAAUGCAUGCAGCUUGUAAUGGACACUAUCUUCUGGUUGACUUGCUAUUAAAAUAUAAUGCAGAUACUGAGCUAACUGAUAACAGAAACUUGACUGCAGAUGAUUAUGCAGUUUCACAUGGACAUAAUAACUGUUCUGCAAGGAUCAUUGAAUAUAAGAUAAAGAAAAUGCCACAGCCGCUGGGAUCCAACUGGCUUUUUAAACAUCAUGGAAGUGGAACACAAGAAAGUAAAGACGAUGAUACAUUGGAGACCAUCAGCAGAAUUUCAGAUCAACAUGAAGGAGAUACCUCUUGGCGUUCAUUGGACACAAAUGAGGUUGAUUUUGACCUGAAGUUUUUUCCUAAGAGGCUUCGAAAGAAACUUGCUGCUCCUCUAAAGAAGAUGGCUCAAACUAAAUGUCAGCUCAAAGACACUACAAGUAACCUAAGGAAAGCCAUGCAGGAAAAAAUAUAUAUGAAGAUGGGCUGCAAAUGUCUAAAUGAAAAGUUGAAGAAGGUACAAGCAUGUCGUUUAAAGUCACAGCACCGUAUUAAAGAAAUGGAGACUAUACUAGAAGAAAAUGAGAGGAUUUUCAAAGAUAAAUUGGAAGAGGCUUCAUUGAUUGAACUCAAGCUUAAAUACCUUGAAGAAUUUAUCCAGGAAUUGGAAAAUAAAUAUAUUCAGUCCCACCAGCAAAUUGAGGAAAUGGAAAAAGUAAUUAUUGAAAAGGACAAGGCUCACACUCAGAAAAAUGAAGAGGUUAUAUCUGCGGAGACCAAAAUCAGCCAUCUGAAAACAAGCAUAGAGAGACUGGAGAGUGAAAACUGUGUACUGAAAGUUUGUGUUGAAAAACAAGCCAAGGAGAUAACUGCUUUGCAAAACGCAAGUCAGCAUGAAAAUGUGACUGAGCUUGAACUACGACUAUACAAAGUUCUGUAUGUAGAAGAAAUGGAUCGAUGCAAAGCUUUGGAAGAAAAACUGAAGGGAUAUAGCGAGAGACUGGCUGAAUCCUAUAAAGUGCUUCUUACCAAGUCACAACAGAUAAGACUGACCUCGCCCAAAAAUGAAAAAAGAUCUCCAGUGACAUAUGCAUUUUCUGAUUUGCCCUCCCUUUUACUUAACCUGGAUGGUACACAGGCUUCACAAACUAAUAAAGACAUUUCUGAAACAAGUACUCUGCUUCCAGCUAAUGACAGUUUAUCUGUUAACAACUUAAUAGACUGGCACAAUAAGCAGUAUUUUGUAAUACAGUUUCAGGAAUUACAGGAUCAGCACUUUAUGUCAUUAAAGCGAAUUGAUGAACUUGAAAAUACAUUGGCCAACAAAAAUAAAGAUGUCAUCACCUGUUCUCAAAAAAUAGAUGAGGUUUUGGCAGAGGUGACAGAACGCACAACACAGUUUUGUCAAAAAGAAUUAAUGGGCAGGCUAGAAAGAGAAAAUUAUAGAUUGAAGCAGGAGGCUGAGGAGAACAGAAUGAAAAUGGAGGAACUUGAAAAGGAACUACAGCUGAUAAAAUCUAUGGAGCUGAAGAAAUAUAAAGAUCUUUAUAGUGAAGAAGUGGAACGUUCUAAACUUUUGGAGGACAAGCUGAACGGGUAA